AUGUUGCUUCGGAUAAGAAAUCGAUGUUUGCAAUUGUUUACUGAACAAUGGGGGUCAAUUGAACAUGAACGAUAUUGUACGCAAGAAUGUUCGCCAUUGCUUGUGUUAGACGGACAUCAAAAGGCUACUCGUAGAGUGCGCUCUGUUACAGAUCUUGUGAUACCGAGUGACGAAUUAGGAUAUACAAAGUCACAAUUAACAGAAAUUUAUUGUAUUAGUAAUGCUUUUUUGGAUUUUGUUGGUCUACCACGACGUCUUUUUUCACCAAUUUUAACAUUUUUAGCAGCAGGUGGUGUGUGUGGAUCAACGAGCAUUGACAUUGAUGAUGUUUUGAAAGAAAAUGAAAAUGCAUAUAUAUUGGGUUAUGUUAGACAUGGCACUACAUGUACAGAAUUGAACACAGAAACUCAUUCACCAUUACAGAUAUUAACCAUUAUUAGUAAUUAUGAACCAAAAAAAUUAUCUUCUACAUAUCGUAAUUCUACAGGUGCCACAGCAGUUGGAAAUGAAGACAAUUUAUCGGGAAAAUCUGAAAAUAAUAUUGAUAUAGAUGAAUUAUAUUAUACUACUAUAUUAUCAGACCUCAUCUGUUUAUGGCAGAAAAAUGAUGUUCAAGAAUCCAGAGGAGAAAUGAAUAGUGUUUCUGCUGAUUUUAAUCAAGUUGAAACAAUGAGAGCUGAUCUAGGUUUAACAUUUGAUCAAAAGAAUAAAGGUAAUGCGCAAUAA